UGCUCAGGAGAGGACGUCUUCUUCCCAAGGUAAAAUCAUAUGUUGGAAAUGGCAUUCAGGACGUUUUUUUCCGUAACAGUUCUUAUUGGAAUUUUAAAGUUGAGUUCAGGUUCAUGGCCUGAUCCUUGGACAAAUUGUAUUCAAAAUCCAAUUGAUUUAGUAUUUCUCUUGGAUGGCUCCGGAAGUGUUGGAAGAAGUCGUUUUGGUUCAUUUAAGAUGUUUGUGCAGAAACUGAUUCUUCGGUUGAACGUCGUUGAGGAAGGAACCAGGGUCGCACUGGUUCAAUUUAGUGACGUGAAGGAAACGAAAUUUGAAUUUGGAAUUACCAAUUACACGGAUGUUGGGGAAAUGCUUAAUGCAAUUGAGAAGAUAGAAUAUCAAUACGGGAGCUUGCAAAAGACUGAGAUUGCAUUGCGACUAGCUGAGACUAAGGUUUUCAAUGGUGAAAAUACAACAGACAGAGCCUGGGCUCCUAAUGUUGUGGUAUUGAUAUCUGAGGGGACGUCGACUUAUCCUGUAAAGAAUGUUCUACAAGAAGCAAAGCACUUAAAAGCCGCUGGAGUUCACUUAGUUGCUAUUGGUGUAGGUAGACGAAUAUCGUCACCUGAAUUUCAAAAAGAGCUGUAUUCUCUGGCAAGCAGUCCACAAGAUGUCUUUUGGUCCUCAGACGAUGAUAUACUGUACUUGGUAGAGGAUUUAGACACAACUCUUUGCCCAAACAUCACUGUGGUCUCUUCAGUUGACGAAACAACACAGGUUUUACCCACAACAUUUCCAACAAUUCCUGACCAAAUUGUCACCUCUGUAAUUAUCAAGACUAUGACAGUAUGGAUGACGUCAUAUGUUACUGUGCCAGCAAUUUGUGAGACAUCAAUGAGCCCAACCCCGAGUCACACCUCUAGCAUCACCUCGAGCCACUCCUCUAGCUCCACCUCUAGUCCCACCUCUAGCCCCACCUGGAGCCACUCUUCUAGCCCCACUUCUAGCCCCACCUCGAGCUACUCUUCUAGCCCCACCUCUAGUCCCACCUCUAGCCCCACCUGGAGCCACUCUUCUAGCCCCACCUCGAGCUACUCCUCUAGCCCCACCUCUAGUCCCACCUCUAGCCCCACCUGGAGCUUCUUCACCUCUAGCCCCACCACGUCAAGCCAGUUUAUUAAAGUCACAACAACAUCGUUUAAAAUCCCAACAGUCGUUCAAGAGAAAAAAAUUAAGAAGAAAAGAAAGAAUACUUCGAAAAAGGAUGCAGGAAAACUGUUGAAGUGUUUUACGUGUACUUACGAUGAAGACGUUUCAAAAGAGUUUUCUAUCGAUUGUAAACAACUGGAUUGUGCCCCCGAUGAAAUUUACUGCGCAGACGCAGUACUAGAGCAUGCUGGAAGAAAAUUCGUGCGCAAGAGAUGCGCAACAAGUCAGUUUUGUAAUACAACCUCGGACCAGUGUGUGCUCGACUUUGGGCAUACCGCUGAAUACACGGACUGCGGCAUUACGUGUUGCGGUGAAAAUCUCUGCAAUCCUUACAGUCAUGCCAACAACGUCUUCAUGCCCGCUCACAUGAUUUUCCUCGUAACUCUAGUCGUGUUGCUGGCAGGAAUGAUCGUGGACAACCAUUGAGUAUG